CGUGGGCGCCGGCGUCGAGCUCGUCGCCGCCUGCGACAUCCGGUGCUGCUCCAGGGACGCGACGUUUGUCCUCAAGGAGGUGGAUAUGGCCAUCGUCGCUGACCUCGGCGCGCUGCAGCGCCUGCCGAGGAUCGUCGGCUACGGGAACGCCGCCGACCUCGCGCUCACCGGACGCAGGAUCACCGCGCUGGAGGCCAAGGAGAUGGGGCUCGUCACCAGGGUCUUCGAUUCCAAGCAGGAGCUGGAUGCCGGUGUUGCAAAGAUCGCCAAAGAAAUAUCAGAGAAAUCAGCAUUGGCAGUGAUGGGAACAAAGGCUGUUCUGCUGAGAAGCAGGGAUAUAACAGUAGAGCAGGGGCUGGAGCAUGUAGCGACGUGGAACGCGGGAAUGCUCAAAUCUAAUGACCUGAUGGAGGCCAUCAAAGCUUUUGUGGAGAAGCGGAAGCCCAUUUUCUCUAAGCUCUAAAUAAUCAAAUAUACCAUACUUCGCAGCUGAAAAUUAGAUGUGAAUCCUAGUAGAGAUGUGCAAGUAGGUCACAAUUGGGGUGCCCUUUACCCUCUUUAUUUAAAAAAAAUGAACUAACUAUUUCAAUGAUAUCAGCAUUCUAGAAAAGUUAGUUCAUUUUUUUGAACUAAAGAGAGUAAAGGGUAGCCUAACACUGACUCGCUUGCAUCUCUAAAUCCUAGCCGCUUGAGAAUAAAGUGAGAUUGAUGGCACAGAGUAGACAUGAAAUACAAGCUAUGUAUUUGCAAAACAAGUGCUCUCAUUGGUUGUAUAUUGUAUAUCAUAAAUGAAGCGAAGAUUUUCUGGACUUCUCUUAGCACUACUGAUGACCUUAAUACAUCAACCUGUGCUCGAGAGAUAGCUCUCCAUACAUUGAGAAGGGAUGAAUGGAUUCUCGAGAAGAGAGCAGCCACGGUGGCCCCUCCCUGGACCACCCAGAUCCCACAAGUGAAUAGAAAGUUGGAUUUACAAGAGAAUUGACUGCCUUACAAUAGGCAUGUGAUCGAUCAGGAGAAUUGAUAAAUCAGUUCUUUGAGCUUAUAUCUGGGUUGGGCGAACAAGACCUUGGUCCAAUUGGCCUCAGAUGGUCCCAUAGCUUGUCUAGGUAUGAAUUGAGCGCUGCUCUGAUAUCGGCACUACCACUGUCCCUCUGGUUGUUAAUCUUGUGUGUUUUAAGUGCUGAUUUUAGCUUACAACAUUAGCUGUAUUUCUCUGGUCACACUUUUUGUUUGUCUUUUUUCUUAGUCUUUUGUGUUGAUAUCUGUUGAAUUUGCAUUUGUUAUGCCAUGAUCCCCCAGGCCAUUUUAUUAAUUGUUUGCUGGGCUUUGAUAAGCAUGCCAUGAGAUCGAGUUCAUGAAUGGUGUGGUUGGCACUUCCCAUACAGAGCUCACUAGAAUUUCCCUGCUAAACUUGGUGGACGACUCGUGAUUGACUUGAUGUCCAUCCAGCCACUUGGUGGAAGCUUCAGUCAAGAUUCUCAUCCAUAGUGUGCUAGGGAGCUUGUAAACCAUGCCUGGCUAGCACAUGGUUUUCAUGGUAAUACUACCUUGUAUACAUACGUCUAUCUAGAGAGAGAGAGCAUGUGGGUGUACAAAUACCCAAUUCAACUAGCAGCUCAAGUUGGUGCAGACUUUUAGGGCUGGUGUAACCACUAAUCUGAAUUUAAUAGAUCCCAAGUAGCUUCCAAGUCAAUCAGCUGAAUAUAUAUGCCUUCAUCCUAAUUGUCCAUUCCAUAUAUGCAUCCUCUUCUUCCUUCUCUGAAUAGCAGAGCAGAGCAUGAGCUGACGACAAUCAAUCAUACCUCUUCUCCAACUUGUUACCCGUGCCUGAUGCCUCUCCUCUACAUACUACUUGGGCUUCUCCUCUUGCAAACUCGUUUGUGCUCCUCUGGAGCUGCAAACGAUACUCUCACACCAGGCCAAGUGCUCGCUAUCGGAGGCAAGCUCAUCUCAAGAAAUGGCAAGUUCGCGCUUGGCUUCUUCCAGCCAGCAAGCACCAUCAGUAAGUCCCACAUCGCGAGCUGGUACCUUGGCAUAUGGUUCAACAAGAUCCCAGUUUUUACUACUGUGUGGGUUGCCAAUAGGGAGGAGCCCAUCACCGACCCCCUAACACAGCUGGAGAUCUCAAGCGAUGGCAAUCUUGUCAUCAUAAGCCAUGCUGGUACUCAGUCCGUAGUUUGGUCCACUCACAUUGCCAGUAGGACACAAACCAACAUAAACACCACUAGUGCCGUUCUAUUGAACAGUGGAAACCUUGCCCUCACUGACAGCCCAUCAUCUGACACACUGUUGUGGCAGAGCUUCGACCACCCAACAGAUUUAAUGCUGCCUGGUGCCAAGUUUGGCCGGAAUAAGGUCACCGGUUUGAAUAGACCGGCCAUCUCAAUUAAGAGUCUCAUUGAUCCGGGUCUUGGCUCAUACAGCGUUGAACUAGACACCAGCGGGAUUGUCCUCAAGCGCCGCAACCCUUCGGUUGUGUAUUGGCAUUGGGCAUCCUCCAGAACAUCGUCGUUGAAUCUUAUACCAAUUCUCAAGGCAAUCGUAGAGUCGGAUCCACGGAUCAAAGGUUUAUUCAACCCAGCCUAUGUUGAUAACAACGAAGAGGAGUACUACACGUACACUUCACCAGAUGAAUCUUCAAUAUUUGUCUCACUAGACAUCUCUGGUCAGAUAAAGCCGACUGUUUGGUCGCAAGCCGAGCAGUCUUGGCAAAACUUAUAUGCCCAACCUGCUGAUCCCUGCACUCCGUCCGCUACAUGCGGACCUUUCACGGUCUGCAACGGCAAUGCACAACCAUACUGUGACUGUAUGGAGAGCUUCUCUCACAAGUCACCGCAGGAUUGGGAGCUAAGUGAUCGAAUAGGAGGAUGCAUUAGAAAUACACCGUUACAUUGCACUAGUAACGAAAACAUCACAAGUUCAACAGACAUUUUCCACCCCAUUUCUCAAGUUACGUUGCCGUUCAACCUGCAAAGCAUAGACAUUGCUACCACUCAGAGCAAAUGUGAAGAAGCUUGUCUCAGUUCCUGCUCCUGCACUGCUUAUUCAUAUAACAAUAGCAGAUGCUCUGUCUGGCAUGGGGAAUUGCUUAGUGUAAAUCUGAAUGAUGGCAUUGAUAAUACUUCUGAAGAUGUUCUUUACCUCCGCCUUGCCGCCGAAGAUCAGCCAAUUUUGAGAAAAAACAAAAGAAAACAAAACGUUGGAGUUGUUACUGCUGCAAGCAUUAUUGGUUUUGGGUUACUAAUGUUGAUGCUGUUGUUACUGAUUUGGAAGAACAAAUUCAAGUGGUUUGGCUUACCAGUGUACAACAAUCAAGGUAGUGGUGGGAUUAUAGCCUUUAGAUGCAGUGAUUUAGUUCGCGCUACUAAAAACUUCUCAGAAAAGCUGGGAGCAGGUGGUUUUGGUGCUGUAUACAAGGGAGUGUUAAGUGACACUACUACUAUAGCAGUGAAAAGGCUUGACGGUGCCUGUCAAGGAGAGAAGCAGUUCAGGGCUGAGGUGAGCUCAAUUGGACUGAUCCAGCAUAUCAACCUAGUCAAACUGAUUGGCUUCUGUUGUGAAGGUGAUAAAAGGUUACUUGUGUAUGAACACAUGAUAAAUGGGUCUCUUGAUGGUCAUCUAUUUAAGAGCAAAUCUGUCCUAAGUUGGAACACCAGAUAUCAAGUAACCCUGGGAGUUGCUAGAGGAUUGUCCUACUUGCAUCAGAGCUGUCACGAAUGCAUCAUACACUGCGAUAUUAAGCCAGAAAACAUACUUCUGGAUGCAUCAUUUGUUCCUAAAGUGGCAGACUUUGGGAUGGCAGCAUUUGUGGGAAGGGAUUUUAGCCGACUUCUGACUACAUUCAGAGGAACUGCCGGUUAUCUUGCCCCAGAGUGGCUUAGUGGGGUUGCUAUUACAACAAAAAUUGAUGUUUACGGCUUCGGCAUGGUACUGAUGGAAAUCAUAUCAGGAAAGAGGAAUUCAUCUGAAACAUUCACUAGCAGCAGUUAUGAUGCCAAAUAUUUCCCUGUGGAAGCCAUCAGCAAGCUUCAUGAGGGAGAUAUGGGGAGUCUGGUGGAUCCACAGUUACAUGGCGAUUUCAACAUGGAAGAGGUUGAGAGAGUUUGCAAAGUUGCGUGCUGGUGCAUCCAAGAUAACGAGACUGACCGUCCGACGAUGGGGGAAGUGGUUUGGGUUCUUGAGGGUCUUCAGGAGAUUGAUAUGCCCCCGAUGCCAAGACUACUUGCAGCUAUGACGGAGCAGUCCAGUGAAACUUCAGUGUAAUAAUAAUUUACAAGUAUUUCGCAGUUGAUUCAACCAAUCUUUGUUUCAGCAAAUUUUGAAGUUGUACCGUGGAGCAUUUUCAGAAAAUUUAGAAGUUGUAAUGUGGAGUGCAAGGAAUAAAGACAGGCUUUAUGUUGCUUAA